CGUCCUUGAACACGCCGACGGAUAAUAAAAAAAUAAAAAAAAUAACCACCAUUUUUCUAAACCGCGCCGCCGGGACCAUGCCUCCGCCCAGCUGGUUGUUCGCCGAGGAGAAACCCGCCAAUCAGAGAGCUUGAGAACGUACCUCCCGGUCACCGGACGCCGCGUACAACGGGCAGCGGAGAAACGGCCGCCGCGUGUGUGUGUUGUGUGUUGUUGUGUUUGACUACUGGAUAGAUCUCGAUUGGUAAAAAUAAUAAACACGUGUAUCUUCCGUCGGUAGGAAGAGAAGGCGACGCGUGGUGUGUCGGGAGUCCGCCGUCGGGGACCAUGAGUCGCCCUUCCGGACAUCGGUGACGUCACAGGCCGCGUAUAGCGACACCCGCCGACAGCCGCCCCAUCGCCGAAACCCGCGCCGACGAGGUGCUGCGGUACCGCCAGGGACAUGAGGACGGGUCGCUCCAAGAUGGCGGCCGUCUGGAGGCUGGUCGGCUGCGCUCUGGCCUGCACGGUGGCGACCCUGGCGACGGGCAGCGGCGACAUCUGGCCGCUGGAGCGCCCCGACGGCAUGCCAGCCAUCCAGUCCUUGGAGGUGAUGUGCGGCAAGGACCACAUGGACGUGCACCUCAGCUUCACGCACCCCUUCGAGGGCAUCGUGUCGUCCAAGGGCCAGCACGCCGACCCGCGCUGCACCUACGUGCCGCCCUCCACGGGCCGCACCUUCUUCUCGUUCCGCAUCGCGUACGCGCGCUGCGGCACCAAGCCGGACCUGCACGGCCAGUUCUACGAGAACACCGUCGUCGUGCAGUACGACAAGGACCUGCUCGAGGUGUGGGACGAGGCCAAGCGGCUGCGCUGCGAGUGGUUCAACGACUACGAGAAGACGGCGUCCAAGCCGCCCAUGGUCAUCGCCGACCUGGACGUCGUGCAGCUCGACUUCAGGGGCGACAACGUGGACUGCUGGAUGGAGAUCCAGCACGGCAAGGGGCCCUGGGCGCCUCCCGUCAGCGGCAUCGUGCCUCUGGGGUCGACGCUCACCCUGGUAGUCGCCAUCAAUGACCACCGAGGGGAGUUCGACAUGCGCGUGAAGGCGUGCGCGGCGUCCGACGGCGGCGACCACGUGAUCCGGCUGUCGGACGAGCAGGGCUGCGUGCUGCGGCCCAAGAUGAUCAGCCGCUUCCUGAAGGCGCGCGCCGCGGACGAGCGCGCCUCCGUCAUCACGUACGCCUUCUUCCACGCCUUCAAGUUCCCCGACGCGCUCAGCGUGCACAUCAAGUGCAAGGUGGAGAUAUGCCGGCGCGGCUGCCUGGACCACUGCCAGGGCACCGCGCAUGCGCACUACGGCCCUCUGGACAGACAGGACAUGCCCGCCUCCACGCCAGCAGGCCGCGACCCCAGUGACGUGCUGAUCUACGACGAGCUGGUCCAGGACGCCGGCCCCGGGCCCGCCCCCGAGGUCGCCGGCCCCCCGGGGCCCGCCCCCGCCGCCCCCCUAGCCGCCGCCAGCGUCGACAUCCACGACGACGAUGACGGCGUCCGGCCGCUGCAGGAGCAGCCGCGGCCGGGCCACCGCGACGGCCAGGAGCGCUUCCCGCACGGGCCUCGACGUCUGGACGCCUCCGAGCCGGCCCGUGGUCGCCGGCGACGCAGCGUCCCCUCAGCCCGCAGCGCCGACGUCGGCGUCAGCGGCCUGUACGAGGUCAUCUCCGAGGCGGACCUGGCCUUCGUGCCCGACGGCCGCGGCGAGGCGGUGACGGUCUUCCAGGGCCGCGCGGAGGAGGUGGUGUACGGCAUCUGCCUGCCGGUGCCCGGCUUCAGCGCGCUCUUCGCGCUGGCGGCCGUGUCCGCGGUCGCCUCGGCGCUCGUGGCCGGCUCGCUGCUCUACCGCUACCAGCUGCAGCGCGAGCAGCAGCAGCUGGCGCAGCUGCAGCUGCAGCGGCGGCGGCGGCGCGGGGCCGCGGGGGCAGGCGCGCCGCCCAACGCCUCCUUCGCCGGCUGGAUGGCGCUCAGGCUGCUGGGGUCGAGGACCGCCGCCCGCCCCCCCUGCCCCGCCCCCGGGGGCAACUGA